UAUCUGAAAGAGAGAUCACCAAACUUCCCAAAAAGGAAAAAACAAGAUUAGAGAUGCCAGUCUUCUCUUUUGGAUUCUUUUGGCUCUUUUUACAGCCUACAAGAAUUCAUUCUUGAAUUUUCUCGAUUAAAUCAAUCCAAUCUCAAUAACCCAUCUCCCCCUUCUGAGAUCUGUCCAUUUCCUUUAAGUCUAUCUGUUUCUUUGCAUGAUUCAUAAAACCAUUUAUGAAGAAAAUGGCAGAGUUGAGUUCUGGGUCGCUUGUGAAGUUUCUCCAGGAAAUGCAUGUUGAUGGGAUUGCGAACACAUUGCAAGAUGAUGAUAAACCUGUUUUGUUACAGAUUAGAAGCAUAAUUCCUGUAUUAAGAGAAGGUGAUUAUCUUUGGCCUAAUCAAGGAUUCUUUCUAAGAGUUUCAGAUUUAUCUCAUGCAAUAUAUGUUUCUUUGCCUCAAGAACAAGAUGACAUGGUUCUAUAUGACAAAUUGCAUAUUGGACAAUUCCUAUAUGUGGAAAGAUUAGAGGCUGCUUAUCCUGUUCCAUUGCUUAAAGGCAUUAGGCCUAUUCCUGGUAGACAUCCAUGUCUUGGAAAUCCUAAAGAUAUUAUUCCUAUGCAUAAUUUGGAAAAAUUUCUUGGUUUUACUAAAUUAGAGUCUAUAAAUGAAGAGCAUGAUGAUUAUGAUGUGAUAAAGAAGACAGUAGAAAGCCCUCAAUCUUUAACCGACUCGAAAGCAAGGUUGAACGAUAUGAUAAAAGAGAAACAAAGGGAAAAGUCUCUGUGUACGAGCUCAAAUGAGGUCUGCACAGAUGAGGGAAUAAUUAAGACAGGAGGCCUGAGCUGGAAAAGCGAAGAAAAAAACGAUUUGAUAAAGGAGGAGAAGAAGCAAACCGAAAACUCUCGAUCUUUAAAUGAUUCAAGAGGAAGCUCAAAUGAAGUUAUAAAGACACUUGCAGAGAUUAAUGAUAAAUUAAAGAAGAAGCAGGCAGAAAAGUCUCGAUCUUUCGGUGCUUCAAGAACAGGAAGCUUGAAUGAGAGCAUAGGUAGAAGAACCUCCUCAAUUUACAGGCCUAGAAAGAGUGAUGCCGAAAGUACCUCGAGUUACAGGACUAAAAGGAAUGACGCUGAAAGUUAUUACAAGGGGCUUAGGAAACAUAAACAGAGAUAUGGUUACAAGGAUAGUGAUAUGGAAAGUACAGUCUCAGCUACCUCAGCACAACCAAUGUUCAAGAGAAGAAGCUGGAAUGGGAAGGAAGCUACAAGGAUAGCUGAAAUCCCAGACACCCCAGUUGUCAAGCAUGAGGUAAAACCUGAUGGUAGCAGUGCUAGCGUUUCUGGUUCUUCGGCUCAUUCGUCGAGGAAUGACAGCUCUGAUGACAAUUCAAGCUCUAUACCCAAAAAGAAUGUCACCAGUAUACCUGCAAAAUUACCCACGAUUCCCAGCAAGAGUCACAUCCCCACAAUAGAGAAAACAGGUCCAGAGGUUACGUAUCAAAGAGAGACUUUGAGUUCAAUGAAUGACCAAAUCUCAACAGACAUUAAUAUAUCCUGGGAUUUCCUUCCUUCAUCCUUGGUGAAGCUUGGACAGGAGCUAUUAAGACAAAGAGACAUUGCCUUGCUUGCUUCUGUGGAGGCUUUACUAGAUGCUUCUGCUUCUGAUAGAUUACUCAAAUGUCUAAGCAUUUACUCUGACAUUCUGUCAGCCAAGGAAGAUGAACACCAUCAUCCAUCACUUGAAAGGUUUUUCAGUCUUGAAAAUAACUUGGAUCGUACCAAAUUAAUGUUUCAAUCAAUAACUGGUAUUAUUCCUCCAAGAAAAGCUAAUACUGAUCCAAGUACCCUUGAUUCUGCUGGUGAAGAAAUAAAACUUGCAUUGGACAGAAAGCAAAAUGCAACUGAAUGGAUCAAAGCAGCUUUGGAAUCUGAUCUAGACCCAGUUUCUGAUCAUAUCAAAACCAUAGAUAUCCCCAUUUUAGCUACCAAUGCACCGAAAAUACCAACUAAAACAAGCCCUGGAAAUAUACCAAAAGCUCCAUUAACUCUUAGGAAGCAAAGGAGCAAUAUUGAAUUGCAUGCUGGAAUGGCACCUGAAAUGGAAAAUCGACAAGAAUGGAUAAAGGGAAGAUCUUUACCUAUAUCAGUAGAAUUAGCAAACUCCUUAGAUAAAGAAAGUAGAACAUGGUUCUUGAGUUAUGUUGAGGAUUACUUAGAUUGGGUUAGCAGCAAAAGUUGUUCCUCAGAAUCAGAUAGCCAAGUACCUGGAAACAUGUAUAAGAUUAAGAAAGUGAGUGACUGGUUAGAUAUGACAUGCAAAGACAAAUCUACAUUACAGGGUUUUGAAUUAGACGCUUGUGGGAGAGUCAGGAACAAAAUAUAUGGGAUACUAAUGAAGCAUGUAGAGAGAACUACCAUGAGUGGUGCAAUAGCUGAAUCUUGAAACAGAACAUCAGCAACUAGAAUUAAUUACUAGAACUUCCAGCAUUUAGAUGAUUUUGCAGAAAGGUUCUUGUUCCCCAAUUUCUACUAAUCUCUAGUAAGUUUUCAUUUUCUCUUUCGCUUGAUUUCCAAGUUGUGAAUAGUGAAUUAUUUUCUAAAGUAGGAAAAUAUAAUUAUAUCUCUCAAAAAUGCUCUUUUCUUGUUGCUAGCUAAUAAUGUUAAUAUAAUUUUAAGCUUAAAGAAGCCCACCUCUCUAAAUUAAUAUUAUAAAUUAAUUAACAAUUUCUGAAAUUUAAUAAAUUUUAUGAGACCGGCCACCUUUUAUAAGCAUAAUUUAAUAAUAUUCUAGUUAUCUAAUCAGAAAAAAAAAAUUAAAAAAAUUAAUUAACAGAGUCACGUUCGUUAAAAGACCAUCUAUCUAAAGUAAUAUGUUUCUUGAUAGUUGUCUUGAUUUCAAACUGUAUUCAUGCAAUUACUUUAUGUGUUAAAUAUAGGUACUUUAAUUGUUAUAUUUUAAAAACCUAACUUCCGGUUAUAGAGACGUCCCUUUGAUUCUCUCUUUGGCUGCGUUUGGCUGUUUUUCUUUACCCUGAACGACAACAAAUCCAAUUUCUUUACUCUAUAAUUUUUCUUUUUUUUUUUGUCUUUUUCAGACCCAAUAAAUAACUAAAUCAUAUUUUCAUUUUAUUUAUAUAAAUUGGUCAAUAGAUUUUGAUAGCAAAAUCUUUUCCAUCUAUUUAGUAAUAAAUUGGAAAAAUAUCUCUUAUAUCUAUUUAGUAAUAAAUUGGAAAAAUAUA